UCAUACACUCUAUAUCUAGAAUUUUGUGACGAUACACAUGCUCUACAUGUUUUUCUUUCACUUGUGCACGCUUCUACCUCUCUCUUUUCUUCUCGCAAUCCACCCUCUCCUGGAUGUAGCUGUGCGCUGGAAGAUGACAGCUUUGCACGUUUUUUCGGAAACGUCUUGCUACUGCGACAAAGCAGCGUGAUCUUAAAAAAUUUAGCACUACGCUUUUUUUCACGCAGGCCGAAUGGUCAGUUUCGGUAUGUCAUUGAGUUUGCUGCGGCAGAUGUUUUUUCCUCUGCAUCUGCGCAUGCACGGGGCAAGCGGCAAGCAGGUGUCCUAUACGUGGCAUCAGUAGAAACGCGGCACUUUCGCCGUCAGCAUUUUCGAGGAGGUCUGAAAGAUCGAAGCUCCAUAUGUGUUCUUUGAGAAGCUCCUAAGACGUCUUCCUCUCAACGAAUGUGGCGUUGGAGUCCCGUUGAGGUGAACCGGUCGUCCGUUUUCAUUGUACAGUUCCAGUCAUGGAGACCAGGGACAGCCUUGUCCGUGAGGGUGCACGGAAAGAGGAGAAUGGCCACCAUUCGACAGGUGAGGGCCCCGCUUUGCAGUCGACUUCGUCAAGAACACGCUCGGGAUCUGGUAAUGCGGGAGAGAUUCUAGAUACAGCCGUUGCCCUUGACAACGGAUCUGGAAGGCCGCACAUGGGCUUGGCUGCCACAUCCCAAGAGAGAUGUGCACACGAGAAGCCCACCUUCGCCUUUUCUCCGAAAAUGUCGAAGGCUGGAUUAGGAGCUAUUCCUCUGCUGUCAACUAGCUGCCCUAGUGCCGCGUCCGCAGAUUCGGCAGCCACUGGUAUCUUGAGACAAGAAUGCGACGAGCAGCCCGAAGGACUACCGAAUGAUUGCGCAGUGAAGGAGACAACACAACAUUUACAAGAGGUCAACUUUUCUCUGCUUGCCACGAGAAAACAAGAUCGAGAAGGUGUCAGGUCACCGGCACGACAGCCUCACACAUCUUGUGAGAGAGGGUCGUCUCCUGCAUCAGCCGACAGUUUAUGCGAAGGCCGUGAUGCGGGUACUCCUUGCUCGCCAAGCAAGGAAACUGAGAUACGAUCAGGUUGCAGCACAGUCGAGAAGAAGGAGUAUAUGGCAAGUAAAAAGCGACAUGCUGCGGUAGCUUUGUCACCCAAAGCUGCAGUCAAUCAUGCUUCACCACGGUCAGCAAGCCCGAGUCCGUCACAUUACAGUCGCAAAAAGCGACGAUGUGACAGCGAAGCCGGCAGCACAUCCAGAUGCAAAGUCAAUAUAGGUCCGAGACACCAAGUGCCUGCGGUGCCGCCAUUCUUUCUGGACUCUACAUGUGCGUGGGACGGGAAAGCGGAGACGCUUUCAGAUUUUCAGGGUUUAUACGCAAACGACACAGACGACACGGCCAGAUUGGUGUACUCGCCCUAUGCCAUGCAACGCGUGUACAUGAAGAGGCUGGCGGAAGGUGCGGGCGAUAAAAUAAUUAAGAAUGCCGAAGAAAUGAAUUCGUUUAUUCAGUGCGUCGCCCAGAAUUGGACGAGUAAGUCUGGCUGGCAACCCUUCUCUCCAGAGUAUGCAUACAAACUGCUCCACUUUGCAGGAUACGAUCCCCACCGAGCAAUUCGGAUUAUGAAAGACCCAAACUUCUGCUUCACCGCAAUCUGCGACCCACCGCAGCGACGUUAUGACAAUAAGUGGAGACCCAAUGACCGAAGAGGCCAGAUUGGGACGCUUCCGUAUCCAUCUCCCCUUACUCUUCGCGCGUACUUGUCUAAGCGCAAUCAGCAUGCUGCAGCUCCGUUUCACCGCGGUGCCUCUACGUGACACGAAAGACGCGGCUUUGUGCUUCCUGCGGUUGUUACAGCAGGGUAGAAAACAACCGUCACAUUCAUUCUUUCUACAUUGUGCGACUGUUAUACGGAAUACUGGGACGAGGCCAAAUCACCAUUUGGUCAUUAUUCUGCGUAUGAUUCUUUGGAAGUUAUAU